AAUAGGCGGUACCGACGAAUCAUUGCGCGUUGCGAUGCGUGGCUUGCCAAGUCAACUCAAUUUUACGGUGAGCCGCCUGGGAGUGAACCAGGUUCUGCUGUCGAGGAGUGCGGUACUCAGUCAUCGACGUCGUCAGCGGUGGUGGCUGAUGAAUCGGUCUCUCAGGUGGCAGCCAAACAGGCAGUCGGAGUGGAAGAUGCGCAUAAUCUGAGAGACGCGGAUAGGAUUGCCAACUUGGAGUGUGAGCUGGCUGAACUUCGAGCCCAGCUAGCUGAAUUGGUGUUUCAGCAGGAGCGUGACCGUAUGGGUUUUCCUGCCACCGCAACUGUUGGCGCUAAGACAUUAGCGGCAAGGGACUGUUAUCGUGUGAUCAGCGUUAAUGCCGUUGUAACGUCGCCUCCCACUGCCGUCGACGAGGGAUUCAGUGACUCGGGGGUGGUGGAAACUGCCUCCUCGGGGCUUCUUGUGCCACCAUCACAACCCACGCUUUCGGAGUCUGUUCAUCAUCCUCCUCCUGCUCCUGCUCCUCCUCCUCCGCCGCCGCCACCGCCACCACCACCGCCACUGACCUUCGAUUGGCGCAGUAAACUACUGGAAAAGAGGGGUCUUGCUCCGUCGAAACCGCCUCAACCAGCAGCUAGAGGUGAUAUGUCACAAGUCUUAAAGGAACUUACUUCCGGUGUCAUUAAGCUCCGCUCUGUGCGCCGUUCGACUGGUGGAACGCCUAUCCGAGAACGGGAUGUUGAUCCCAGGUAG